AGGGUUGUGUGGUUAUGAGGUGUUGCAGUUGGGUGGCGUUGUGAACCGGGGGGGGCAUGGGUCGUUGUGGUGUAUGGUGCAGAUGACGACAUUGCCCUGGCUACUCCUCAUCUCGGCCACUUCACGUGGUGAUCGAUCGGCGAGCGCGCUGGGGGCAUCUGCUGGAAGCGAUGGGUUUUACAUGCCGUUCUGUUCGAUGCGAUUCUACUGCGGGGGGCUUGUCAUCACAAUAAGGGAGGUAAACAACAUGAGUGGGGAUCAUGGAGAUGAGGACAGCACAUUCGGUGAAUUGGAGGCUGAUGCGUGGCUUACUACCGUCCAAGUGGACAGGGUGCGUGUAAGCCAGGUGGUGGCAAAACUGCGAUCGGCGGUGGCAGUAACGAGUGUCCCGUCGUUAUCGUGGAUUCUGAGCGAGCGACAGCGUCUUCUGGAGAUCACAUGGGGGUUGGAGGAGGGACCGCCCCCCCAUCUGUGUUCAUUCGUUGACUGGCCACGUCUGGACGACUUCAUGCAGCAGUUCUACGAGGUGCUUGAGGAGGAGCAAGACCUUUGUGCUGCGCUGGAGGACCGCUGCAUCAACCUUGUCGCCGAAGAUGGUAUCAACAUCGUCAGUGCAAACAUUGACAAUCUCACCGCGAUUGUGCUCAUCGGCGCCGUCAACAGCAAUGGCAAGAACAACAAUGACACCGGUAACAAUGAUAACAACAACAACAAUAACAGCAACAACGACUACAAAAAUGAUAAUGGCUAGGACGGAGAUUUUCGUGAACAAGACCAUGACGUUCGCAUCAUCCGGGUC